GGGAAGUGGCCAGUGGGCCCGGGCCCCGGGGCCCGGCCGUUUAGCAAGUUAGUCGCGUAGCAGACAUCAAAGGCGAAGCCUACGUCCGCUCCUCAGUUAGCAUUGAUCAAACCACGAUGUCUAAAAGCCGCAAACAUUCUUGUACAGCUGUAGUGUUGACUAGGCUCUUGACUCAUGUUUUGCAGGACGAGGCUAGAGAUGUAAUGGAGAUGUCUCAGCAGAAAGACUUUUGGACUGUGGAAAUGAUUGAGGAUAACAGUAUUCAGCUUCAAGGAGCAUUGGAUGUUUUAUACAACUCAGAAGGCGGUAGUGAUUAUCAAGUUGAGUACACUGACAGUCUGAGUACAAGAAGACUUGUAAUAAACUGUACAAUAUGCAAUGUAUUGCUGUCUUCUUAUGACACAUUUUCUUCUCAUGAAAAUGGAAAAUCCCACAAAAAAGUAAGGCAGCAUAUUCUAGGUUCAAAACAGGCUAAUGAAAAGGGCGAACUAAAACUGAAGCCUAUGAAUGCCCUAAGAGGUGUAUAUCCACCAGGCAGUCUGGAAGAUAAAAUUGACAGGGGAAAACACCCAGUUCUUGGGAUACAAUUUGUGUACAAAGAAAUUAUCAAAGAAGAAACCUAUUUCACGUGUCAGCUGUGCACAAACAAGAAAUAUGCUGUGUCAGGUGUUAAAGAUGAAAUGUAUAAUCAUUUGAUUUCUAAAAAUCACAGUAGGAGAUAUCUGGAUGUAAAAUUCGGGUUGAACAACAUCGGCUCUUCUAGUUUUGCUUCAGAAGUUGCAAAGAUUGAGGAGUUGGAAGGGAGGAUUCAUGCUCCAAUUAUGGACUUUACCAGUCUCUUGCCAAAGAAGCCAGACACAAUUCCCACGAGUCAUGGAGGUCAUCCUAGGGUCACCAAGACAGAUGCAAGUUCUAAUACUGAUCCUUUUGUAUGCAACAUAAAAGAUCUAACAGAUGAGAUUCAUAGUCUCUGCAAUGCAGACUGUUUGGAUGAAAUACUGGAAGAUGACGAUUACCUAGGACUGUUUGCUGGAGCCUUUUCUAUCUACAAUGAUAAAUUGUACCAGUUUUUCAGCAAGCAAAGCUGUGUGAAUUCAGGGGCCCUGGCAUCUAUAAACAAAGUUAAGCAGCUUUUCAGUGAAUUGUACAUGGAAGACAAAUUGCGCUCUUCAGGUGAGGUAUGUGUAAUAAUUUUUAGUUUUCUUUGUAAUGUUUAUGGAAUCUGUUUUUAUUUUGUCUAAAAAACACAUGUGAUAAUGUAUUU